AUUCGUAUCAGUGUUGUCAAGCUGCCCGCCAGGUGGCGCAGAGUGCGUCCGAGGCGCUCGACAUGGGAGCCGUGUGCGGGCAGUCUCGCCUACGCUUUCGUGUGUGUAAGAUCUACGUCUCAUGUGCGACUCAAUACAUCCGUAUUUAACAAGGACAUAACAUGGCGCAGUUGGACUUAUCGUAACGCCCUUUGCCUUUUUUGUGGUAAAUUUUGUGGCUUUUCUGUGCAUAUUUGUGUACCCAUAUCGUCAGUGAUCGCUCGCCCAUUUCCUACCCCUCGUCCGUAGCGUGGUGGCGGCCAUCUUGGCGGUCUUUGUUCUCAACAUCGACAGUGGUGAAUAUCGGAUCCAUUUACUUUUUUUCGACAUUCAGUGUAUCUUAGUGCCCGGCGUCGCAUAUUUGGUGGCUCUCCUCCCCAACUUGAGCGGGACAUUUUUAUGCCCGUCGUUCUCGCAACGUCCAAGCGUUCGCCAUUGCCGUGGUUGACUGUGUUUCAUUGGGGACCACGUGCAGCGUCGACUCUCUCCAAUAGUGGGCUUCGACUCGAGUGAAUACCUAUAUGACCAGCCACCAGCACAACUUACGCUCAUCCAGUCGUCAACGGUCACCCCCCGUCCCACAACAGGCGUCCCGUUCUGUACAACCGGUCAGCAUGGCUACGGCGGCUGAUGCAAUGGACGCCGCGACCGCUGCGGCAGCAGCUGCAACGGCCGCAAAUUCCCGCAUGGACACCAUGGAGCAAAAUCAAAUCGCGAUGACCACCCAGCUGGCUGGCAUCGCUCAACAGCUCCAGGCGUUGCUCGGCGGCGCCGGCGGAAGCGGUGGCGCUGGCGGAGGCGGCAGCAGCGGUGGCGCUGGCGGAGGCGGCAGCGGCGGUGGCGCUGGCGGAGGCGGCAGCAGCGGUGGCGCUGGUGGAGGCGGCAGCAGCGGUGGCGCUGGCGGAAGUGGCAGCGCGGGUAUCGUUCCGCCCCCAGCCCCUGCGAUCACGCCUCAGCGACGCCGUAUCGACCCGUCCUGUCUGGACAAAUUGCCUGGCGACGCGUCUCUCUCCCAGCUCCGCGCUUGGACCAAUCGAUGGAACGAUUUCAGCCAAUUGAACCAGCUCAGCGCGUAUCCGAUCAACGAGCAGAUGGCCGCCUUUCGGAUGGUCCUGGACCCUGCUAUGCACCAGGUCGUCGAGGUGGCGCUCGGCAUAUCUCCGUCGUCAAUGGCGACCCCGGCCGACGUCCUCGGCCAGAUAAGGGACUACAUCCGGUCAAAACGCAACAUAGCUUUGGACAGAGUCGCCUUUGAAGAAUGCAAACAAGGUACGACGGAAACUUUUGAUGAAUUUUAUAUUCGGCUCAAGAAUCUCGCGGAAGCUGCCAACCUCUGUAUCGCCUGCGUGGACGAAAGAAUGGCGACGCGCAUAAUGGCAGGCAUCCGGGACGUGGAAACAAAGCGACGUCUGUUGGCCAUCAGUCCGUUCCCCACGUCCCAGCAGACCAUCAACAUAUGCCGUAGUGAAGAGUCGGCACGGGCAAACGAGAGAUCUUUGAAUAGCCCAGUGUCAGUAGCCAAAAUGCAACUCAAGCACCAACGGCAGUUCCGGCAGUCAGAAGGCAACAAGUGUCGAUCGUGCGGCCGCCCGGCCCAUCAUUCGGAUGAACAGUGCCCGGCAAUCGGGAGGCAGUGUCAUAGUUGCGGACAGGAGAACCAUUUCGCCCCAUGCUGCCCAACGAGGUCAAGAUCGGGCGCUGGUCACCAGGCUGGCGGAAGUGGCAGCAGCGGUGGCGCUGGCGGAAGUGGCAGCAGCGGCGGCGCUGGCGGCAGCAGCGGUGGCGCUAGUAAUCGUUCCCGCGUCAACAUGAAGCGCGUGGUGGUCGGCAACGUGAGCACAUCCCGACGACGGCAACCGGCACCCACCAUUCCAAUGCAAAUUUGCGGCCCAACCGGAAAUGUAAUAGCGACCAUACCGGAAGCGACGCCAGAUAGUGGAGCAGAAGCUACCGUUGCCGGCAUGGAGGUGCUGCGCCAGUUGGGGCUAUCGGAGCAGGACCUUUCGCACUGCCCGUUCGAGCUUGUGAUGGCGGACAAAUCGACUCCUCUUCUCGCAGUGGGAGAGAAGGAAUUUUGCGUCAAGUACGAAGGAGGGACGGCAACCAUAACCAUUCUAUUCAGCCCGGACGUAGAGGGACUCCUCAUCGCCUGGCAUGAUUGCAAGGCUCUAGGAAUCCUUCAUGACGACUACCCAAAACCAGUCCGGAAGCCAGCUACGGGUAUUUCAAUUCAAUCCCUCGCGUCAACCGUUAAACCAAAAAGCAUUUGCGACGUUAUAGGCCCUAUCCCGUCGCACCCCACCGUGGACGAUGUCAAGCGGAUCGAGGAGGCCAUUGCAGACGGAUAUGCCGAUGUGUUCGACCAAUCGGGUGUUCUAAAGUGCAUGGAAGGCCCGGAAAUGACAAUCGAGCUCAAGGAUGAUGCCGAGCCAUACCAUGUCAACGGGGCCCGACCAAUACCCUUCGCCGAUCGGCCCGAAGUGAAACGAUUGCUGGAUGAAUACGUGGCUAAAGAUCACACCAAGCUGAAUCGCCAUGUCCGCCGGCCGACACAUCCAACCCCCACUCCGCGGGACGCCGUCGCCGAAAUCGCUGGAGACGCCAAAUUUUUUACAUCCUUCGAUGCAGCCAAUGGGUAUAAAUUCCUCAGGGCAUCCAUGGGGCUUUGCAGCUCCAGUGAUGAAUACAACCGGCGCGCCGACGUCGCCUUCCAGGGCGUCCCCCAUACCGUCAGGGUCGUCGACGACCUUCUCCGCUUCGACUCCACGUUUCCGGAACACGUCGCCGGAGUCUGUGCCGUCUUGUCAGCCGCUAGGAAGGCCGGCAUCACCUUCAGCCGAAAAAAAUUCUGCUUUGCCCAGCAACAGCUCCAGUGGGUUGGAUACCAAAUACAGCCAGGUGGCGUCACGGUCGAUCCUGGUAAGCUAAGGGCUAUUUCUGACUUUCCCCGACCAACUAAUAUCACGGAACUCCGUUCCUUCAUGGGCCUAGUUGAGCAGCUCGCCGGAUUUUCUACGUCAGUUGCCGCAGCCAAGGCGCCUCUCCGCCCCCUGUUGAGUGUCAGAACACCUUUUGAAUGGACCGCUGAUCACGACACAGCCUUUUCCGCCGUCAAGCAGGCGCUGUUAGCGCCGCCCGUCCUGGCACAGUUUGAUCCAUCGCUGGAAACGUCCCUCCAGGUGGAUGCAUCGCGGAAACACGGCAUGGGAUAUGCCCUCCUGCAGCUGCACGGGUCUACAUGGAAACUGGUCGACGCCAACUCCAGAUGGUGUACCGACACAGAGUCCCGCUACGCCAUUGUGGAGCUGGAACUGGCUGCCGUCGAGUGGGCCAUGAGGAAAUGCAAGCUAUACCUACUCGGCCUGCCUAUGUUUCGCCUGAUCGUCGAUCAUCAGGCCCUUGUCACCAUCCUAGACAAGUAUACCCUAGAUGCCGUGGAAAACCCAAAGCUGCAGCGCCUAAAGGAACGCCUUUCGCCCUUCGUGUUCACGACGGAGUGGCGCAAGGGCCGCGAUCAUGCCAUCUCAGACGCGCUAUCCCGUGCGCCCGUGCACGAUCCCGGUCCAGACGACGAAGCCGUCAACACCGACGUCCAGUCAUUCGCACAAAGGAUAAUCGUACGUCAAGUCAACAUUAUGCAGCGGGAGGACGAGGAUCUGGAGCCCGUUGAGGACCCCCCGCAUUUACCAGAUCCUUUACUGGAGGACCUCAGGGCUGUAGCCUCAACAGACGCCGAUUACUCAGCGCUCAUCACCGCGAUCUCGGACGGUUUCACCACCAACAGGGAGCGCACAGCCCAAUGCGUUCGGCAAUAUUGGAACAUCCGGACGGAACUGUCCGUGGAGGAUGGCCUCGUCUUGUUCGGUCGACGGAUUGUCAUCCCCAAGCCAGCCCGCCGCGACUUACUACGGAAAUUGCAUUCGGCUCAUCAAGGGAUAGUGCGCAUGAAGCGGCGCGCCCGACAAACUGUAUUUUGGCCCGGGAUUUCAAACGACAUAACCAUGUUAGUGGAGAGUUGUGGUUCGUGCCAACAGCGACUCCCAGCUCAACAACAGGAGCCUCUGAUGCGUGAUCCCCUGCCCUCUCGUGUUUUCGAAGAUGUCUCGGUCGACCUUUUCCAGUCUGGUUCGCUUCAUUUUCUCGUCUAUGCCGACCGCCUAUCUGGAUGGCCAAUCGUGCACCAGUGGCGCCACGAUCCGUCCGCUCGCGAAGUAACCCAGGCGAUAGUCGAGAGCUUCGUGGAUCUAGGUGUUCCGGUCCGCCUGCGGUCAGAUAACGGCCCACAAUUCGACUCUAAUCUCUUCCAGACGAAGCUACGGCAGUGGGGCGUUCAAUGGGGAAAUUCGACGCCCGAAUAUCCACAAAGCAACGGACACGCGGAGGCGGCGGUUGCCGCCAUGAAAGAGCUCGUGACAAAAAUUUCGCCUACCGGCGAUAUCUCUUCCGACGAAUUUUCUCGCGGGAUGCUGGAAUUCAGGAAUACCCCAAGAGAGAACGGUGUGUCGCCAGCAGAAAUGGUUUUUGGCCACCCGCUGCGGUCCAUCAUUCCGGCUCACCGGUCGUCGUACGCCGCACGCUGGAGGACUGUCAUGGAGGGAAGGGACCGCCAGGCAGAAAUAGACGCCGGGGUCAACGGCCACGGCCUCUGGCCCCACUUCCCUUGGGGACCCACGUACGGAUUUGGAACCCCAAAUCCAAAUUAUGGGACAGGAUGGGAGUCAUUGUCAGCGUCGGGCGCUAUCGCUCCUACCGUGUCAAAUUCGCAAGUGGGAGCGUCUUAUGGCGAAACCGCCGUUUCCUACGCCCAAUGA